GACUCUUCGGGCACAACACAUUGGGCGACCGUGACAGCGCGCAUAGGAGGAGCCAGUGUCUCCGUGUAAAAAGUCGACAGGAAGGAAGGAAGCAAGCAAGAAAGAAGGAUAUAGGGAGCGUGUGGCAAGAGGUUUAUCGUCAGUCCGUCGCCAACCUCGACGCCGGCAACAGAUCCCCCUUCCCCCGCCCUUCAAAAAUAAAGAUAUCGACUAUUUUUUUUUAAAUUAAUUAUUUGACUCUUCACUUUUCUCCCAGUCGACAGUUUCCCUUUUGUAGACCAUAAAAGACAAUCAAGUGAGAGUUUGUUUUUCUAGACACUGGUGAUCCAUUUGAUUAUGAAUUUGUGCUGAAUUGGUUUUUCCCGCCAUGAAUUCCAUUCGACUAUUGGCGCUCGUUUGUUUCGUCACAUGGCGGGCCGUUCAAACUGUCCAAGCCUUCGGGAUGAUGACACCGUCGUUCGCCGAGAACGUGCCCAACAUUACGGUCGUCGCCGGCAAGGACGUCGUUCUGCCCUGCAUCGUCGACAAUUUAGAACAUUUCAAAGUGGCGUGGGUACGAGUCGACACUCAAACCAUUUUAACAAUUCAUACCAAGGUAAUCUCGCGCAAUCCGAGAGUUGGCCUAGCCCAAAGUAGCAAACGUCACUGGUAUUUACGACUGAAGAACGUGGAGCCGAGCGACCGCGGCUACUACAUGUGUCAGAUCAACACGGACCCGAUGGAACACAGCAAAGGCUAUCUGGAAGUCUUGGUGCCUCCUAAUAUCGUUGACAGCGGGACGACGGAUGGGGUUGUGGCUCGCGAGGGAUCCAAUGUCAGUCUGUCUUGCCGGGCCACCGGUCACCCGGAACCCAACAUCACCUGGAAACGGGAAGACGGCUCGGAAUUCAUCUACAACGGAGUUGCAGUCUCGGCAGUCGAGAGCGAGGUGCUGCAAUUGACCAAAGCCAGCCGGCUUCACAUGGGCCCUUAUCUUUGCAUAGCGUCCAACGGCGUCCCACCCUCAGUGUCUCAAAGAAUUCCGCUGAAAAUUCAAUUUCCGCCAAUGUUAUGGAUCCCCAAUCAACAAGAAUUGGCCUACAACGGGCAGGACGUCGUUCUCGUGUGCCACAUCGAAGCCUAUCCGAAAUCGAUCAAUUACUGGACGACGGCCAAAGGCGAUAUGAUCAUUUCAGGUGACAAGUACGAAGCGAUUUCGUCGGACGAUUCCUAUCGCGUCUACAUGAGACUCAAGAUCCGCUCGGUCGGAUUGGCCGAUUUCGGGGCUUACAAAUGCGUGGCCAAGAAUUCACUCGGCGAAACGGACGGGACCAUCAAACUCUACGAGAUCCCCAAUCCGCACACGACUUUCGGCAUCACCACGACCACAACCUACAGGCAAACGACGACAGAACCGGCCAUCCGACACGCCAAAAAGAAAGAGCGGAAAAGAGCUAAACCGAAUAAAGGGAAUAGCAACAAUUCGCCCGCCAUUCAGAACGAAGUCACCGACGAUAACAAUCACGGUGACGUAGUGGAAGAUGAAGCUCCGCAACCAACGACCGGACCCACUUACUACGGAACUAUCGACUCGCGGGAGCAGCCCAGCAGCUCGUUUGCAAUGUCGACCUCGUUAAAAUCGCGUCAAUGUUGCGUCUCAAAUAUUCUCAUGUGUUGCGUCGCUUAUUGUUUCGUCGUUCAUCAAUUUAUCGCAAGUUUCUCUGUAUAAAAACAACAACCCAAAAAACUACAACCCAAAAAACAUUUCCCUGUCGAAGAAGAUGAAAGAUGGUCACGAGUUCCUGUUUAUAUUAUAAAAUUAUAUACGAUAUAUCAUCCCUUCUCUCUCUCUCUCUUCUUUAUUGCCCUUACGUAAUUAAUUAAAAUUAUCCGCCGCCAUUUCGAUAAGAAAAAAAAAACAUUUCGUGAAACAUUUCAUUGUUUUUCAUUCCCUUUUCAUUGAUCAUUUUCUUUUUUGAAUCAACGGACACGUUUGAAAAAGAAGAAAAACAAAACCAAAAAAAAAAACAAUCAUUUUGAUGCUGCCAACCGAAAUGUUUGUGUGUGAACAAAUUCAUGACGUAAAACAAAAACAAAAGGAUCAACACGCCUUUUCUCAAUUCGGUUUUCUUUUUUUGGGUGGUGGUGCUGGGUGGGGGGGAAGAAAAACUGAACAGGAAAAUAUCAUCAUCCGCCAGAACAAAUAAUUUUCUGUUGUUGUGUGUGUGUGUGUGUGUGUAAUGUACAUAUUAUAACUAAUAUAUCAUAGUGUGUGGGCUGCCAUAUCUCCAUAAAACUCAAUAUAUUCAAAUGAACCUGAACUCUGAACCCCCCAUCCUCGAAGGCCGUGCAUCUACUGUACAAUUACGUGUGCCUAUCUCUGUUGCAUUCACACACAUAUCCCACGUCGUACGCGGAUGUUGGAGCUAAAGAAUCAAAACUUAAUGGAGGAGAAAGUGGACCAGGUGAUGCAGCUUCUUGGGGAGAUGAUUGUUUGGGGAGUUCUGGGUCCGUCCCCAGCAUCAGCCAAACAAUAAUGAUUAGAUAACUAGCGUGGACCAUCACACCUUGCUGAUUGCAGAACAGAAAUAUUACUACCCAACUGUUUUGUGUGUGUGUGGAUGAUUUGUUUCAUCACGGUUGGUGGUCAAGAGAAAACCAGCAGAACAAUAUCAGGCGAAAGCAUGAGAGCAUCCUUUUCAAGACCAUCACACACACAGCGGGGUGGAAAAAGAAUCUUUUAAGGGCCUGCUGAUUGGUGCACAAAUGCUCUGAGGCAGUUUUUCGAA